GCGGUGGUGCUGGGGGCAGGGGCCUGCUACUGCCUCUGGCGGCUGCAGGGCGGGCGGCGGCAGCAGCGGGACGGGGCCGGGGCCGCCCCGGGGCCGCCGGCAGGCAGCAGUUCUCCAGCAUCAACCCAUACCGUGGAUGCCAAUGCUCUACAGAAACUUAUUCAUUUGCUCCAGGCAACAGAUGAUCCAUUAAUUCAAGAGCAAGUUUUAAUCACUCUCAGCAACAGUGCUGCCUUCUCUGUAAAUCAAGAUAUAAUCAGAAAUUUGGAUGGACUUCCUAUUAUUGGAGGGAUGCUCUCAAAUUGUGUUCCCAAAGUUAAAGAAAAAGCACUAAAUGCACUUAAUAAUUUGAGUAUGAAUAUUAAAAAUCAGGAAGAGAUACAGGUAUAUAUUAUGCAAGUUUGUAGGGAAAUUGAGUCAGCUCCCCUGAACUCUGAUCUGCAGCUUGCUGGUCUCAGAUUAUUGACAAAUAUGUCUGUUACCAAUGACUACCACCAUAAGAUGAUAAACUCAAUUCCAUGCUUUCUUCAUUUGCUUUCAGAAGGCACUGAAAGGACACAGAUUCAGGUUUUGAAGGUACUUGUGAACUUAACUGCAAACUCAGCCGUGGCAGGACAUCUUCUCAGAGCCCAGGUGCCAUCGUUGUUGUUGCUUUUUGACCACUGUAUAAACAGAGAUAUUCUGCUUAGAGCUCUGGUGUUUGCAGCAAACUUGAGAAAGAACAUGAAGAAUGGAGAUGGCACCAUGCUUCAGGACCAGUACUGUGAAGAUUCGCUUUUCUUUACAAUCUGCAGGGACUCUGCCCCCUUCACUCAGAAACUGGCAUCUUUGCUGCACCACCCUGAUACAGAAGUGAAAGAGCAAGUUGGGAGAAUAUUAACACAACAGUAAUUUUUUUGCAAAACAGACUGAAAAUACCUGAUCUUAGGAAUGCCAUGCUAAAAAAAAUACACCCCAGCAAGCAAACAACCAAAAAAGUACUUAAUAUUACUAGGCACAAAUCAGUUAAUGUCAAAGAGAAUGCAAUGUAUUUAAUACAGAGCGUAACAUUUAUUUUUUACAAGCAAGAUAAAAACAAUAGCUUAAUUAGAACUGAGAAACCACUGUACAGCUGGGACAUAUACACAAAUGGGGAGGAAUGGUUUAAAACAUGGAAAACUCAUAAGUUCAGUGAGGACUUCUAAUGGAUGAGGUAAGUGAAUUAAAAUACUCUCCUCAAUGUCAGAAUUUUUGUUGCCUUAAGUAUUUACAGCUGUUGAGAGUAGGCAUUUAUAUUUUAUUAAUCUGACAUCUACUAAAGAGGUGCAGGCAAAUCUUAGAAAUAUUAAAUAAAAACAAUACCAAACUAUGAUUGGCUUCCUACAAAAACAGUAUUUUCAAUAAAAAUUGCACAUCAAAGUUAUCAAGUCUAUGUUUUCUUCACCUUACCUGCAUGGAAUAUAUUCUAAAACUUACUAUAUCCAUUCCAUUUAGCCAAAAUGCAGUGCAGUUAACCACAACCACACAAGGUUUCCACACUAGAAGAAAAUCAAAAAGACUUCAUCUUGUUUUAAAAUAGUUAUUUUGAAGAAAGCAUACCUGUUUUUCAAAAUAUUUUGAGUUAAGGAUUAUCUGCAACUGCACCUCAUCAUUCUCAUCUUUGUAAAAAAGUCUACAAGAACAGUACCAUACACAUUUUUACAAAAGCUUCCUGUUCUGUAGCAGCCCUUGAGCCUGUUUUUCUUGGAGAGCUUUACUCCUUUUUCUUUGCUACUGGAACACCAUUGGAGUAAGUGCUUCUGCUGAGUUAGUGCCCAAGAAGUUUUAGUCAUCAAUCCAGUUAAUUCAAAGUGAAGUGGAACUCACAUAAACCGCCUUGUAAAAGAACCUGAGGAAGUUUCGUUGGUGAACAUAAAAUGUAUUAGAAAACACUUCAUACUAAAAUGAGACUGCUAAAUUUUCCUGAACACUGCAUCAUAAAGUUUAAAAAGUGUCACAUGUAAAGGCUAGAAAGCAAGUUUUCCACCUUUCACCAUUUUUGAGAGCUGUAUUACCUAAACUGUUCCCAGAUGCUUCACAUUUGUACAAUAAAGUACCCCUUGUACUCUUAA